AUGGAGUCGCGCGAAGAUACAAGCAACAUCCUCGAUCCCUGGCCAACGUCUACAGAUGGAACGGAAUGGGACGGCAGAGGGCUGCUGGGGCUGGUUCAGCAGGGCCUAGAUCCCUUCGGGAAUCCCUUCAGGGGUAAACUGGAUACCCGCGCUUUGUUUGUCGAGAUCGAGCAAUGCCUCGAGUCGACGAUCGUGGACAUUCCUCUCGUCUCCUAUGGAGCCCACUACUUUGGCUUCCACGUUGUUCUUAAAAGCCGGCCAGACGUAGUCGUCCGCGUGUCGCGCGGGGACACCUGCAACAGGGCUUAUCGGGAGUCAGACACUCAGCAGAUCCAGCUACUCGAUAGCCAAUUUGAGCUCGACGUUUACCGAACCUUGGUGCCUCUCGGAACCCCCUUCAAUCGCAGACCGGAGGAAGGGGCGGUUGUUCCGGCAUUGUUGUCGGAGCCGAAGAUGAUCGUUACGGCUGAUCUGGUUCUAAACGAGCACCUCGAGCCGUCCACAAGACGAUGCGGCGACGGAGACACGCCCGAGAAAAUGGCUGAGUACACGAGUUGGUCAAGGGAAUACUACGAGGUUUAG